GGUGAGCAAAAAGGGAAGUACGUAAAGGAAGACUCAGUUUGGAGGUUGCCAUGUGGAUGCUGCCAUUCAUACAGGUGUAGGGACAUUUUCAACUGUACUUCAUAUCUGAAACAGAAGGUUUUACCAGAGCCUUAACAUGAAAAACACGGGUGAUAAAUCAUCUCAAAGUAAUCCUGCUGAGCAGUACAUACUUCUUGCCAAGCAGGCAAAGGGAGCAGGAGCAGUGCAACUUGUGAAGCAAGUUUUAGAAGCUCCUGAAGUGUACGUCUUUGGAGAACUCCUAGAUAUGCCCAACAUACAAGAAUUAAAGAAUGAGCCUCAGCAUGCUGGAUAUUAUGACUUGCUUCAACUGUUUGCUUAUGGGGUAUACGGAGACUAUGUUAAAGAAUCAGCGAAGUUUCCACCACUAUCCUCAGCAAUGUUAACCAAGUUAAGGCAUCUAACGAUAGUUUCCAUGGCAACGGGCCAGAAACGAAUUCCGUUAGUAACACUUGGAAAUCAACUAGGUCUCACAUCUAACAGGGAAUUAGAAGAUUUGAUAAUUGAAGCCAUGUACACAGAUAUUGUUCAUGGAAAACUUGAUCAAAAGAAUGGUAUUCUUGAGCUAGACUAUGCAAUUGGUCGUGAUAUCAAACCUGAAGAUUUGCCAAAUAUAAUAAAUACUUUACAAUCUUGGUGUGAUACAUGUGAUACCAUGCUUUCAAACAUAGACCAGCUCAUUACGAGAGCUAAUUCAGAUAAAGAUGCUCAUCUUAAGCACAGGAAUUCACUAGAGACUGAGGUGUUGAACAUUAAAGCAUCUCUCAAAACUCAAGCUCAGGAAGGUGACGAAGCACUAUCCACAGAUUCUCGUGACCAUGACAAACGGUCAGCCAAGAAAGGAAUCCGUCCCUCAUCUUCCAGUUUUGGCCCAAAGCUCCUAAUUUCCCCUUCAAACAAGAGAUAAUGUUAUUUUUUUGUGGAGUUUCUACAAGACUUAUUCCCUUUACAAGUGAUAUUGUAUCAAAGUCAGUUGCUAGUAAUAUAACAACACAAAUGAUUCUGUAUUAAUAUUUAUAAAUGCAUAAGAUUAA